CUCGAUGGUCCCAAAACCCUUUACGCCGUGCGACUCUGACGACUUCCGGCGGCUCCUCUCGCGGGGAUUGGCUGUUGGCGGCGUUGCGGCUUAGCUCGUGUGCGGCGGCGGUGUCUGCGGCGGCUGCAACGAAAGAAGAGUUUGGCGCCAUGUCUCACACCAUUUUGUUGGUACAGCCUACCAAGAGGCCAGAAGGCAGAACUUAUGCAGACUACGAAUCUGUGAAUGAAUGCAUGGAAGGUGUUUGUAAAAUGUAUGAAGAGCAUCUGAAAAGAAUGAAUCCCAACAGUCCCUCUAUCACAUACGACAUCAGUCAAUUGUUUGAUUUUAUUGAUGAUCUGGCAGACCUCAGCUGUCUUGUUUACCGAGCUGAUACCCAGACAUACCAACCUUAUAACAAAGAUUGGAUUAAAGAGAAGAUCUACGUGCUUCUUCGUCGACAGGCCCAACAGGCUGGGAAAUAAGCUGGAAGCAUGAGGGGCGUGGGGUUGGGUUCAGAACACAGAUGUGGACAGCCUCCUAUAGUGAAGGUUUUGUAUUGCGGUAACCCUGUUUCCCUUGUGGUACAUUCUAACCAAUACAGACUGUGUUAGAGAAAAUGUGAGGAUCUUGUUCAAGCUAAAGUCCUCUUGCCCCUUUCUCCCACUUUUUUUUUUACUUCAAUCAUUUCUAUGAUGUUUUAGAUGGAGGUGAUUCUUUGUCAGUUUAUGUUGGUUCCAGUCCUUCCAAUUGUUCAUACCUACUAUAAUACUCAUUACAUUAACCCUUCUACAAGGUGGAGUGGGGGGUGGGGGGGUGACAAUAGUUCAUUGUGUCCUCAAGCUAAAAGUGUUAGUGGAAAAACAAAUAAAUGUUCUUUAGUUACAUUUUC